AUGAGCACGAACCUGUCAACGCCAUUCGGGUCGAACCAUAAUUGUUCGGGCGCGUUGUUUGGGUUCAGCGAAUGUUUGGAGUUUGUGGAGGGCGGGGCGAAUGCGGCGGGGCCGAAUCGGGGUUGCUGCUCCGGGCUCGGUCACGUGCUGAGCCGGAGCGUCACGUGCCUCUGUGAGGCCAUACGAGAAGGGGCGAGGCUAGGCGUACCCGUGAACGUCACCAAAGCUCUCGCUUUGCCCUUGCUUUGUGGGCUCUCCUACACGCCAAUAGUCCCAUGUUACAAAAGUAAGGGGUCCACCAAACCAGUCACCGGCGUACCCACCGUCGACGCAACCGACCCCAUCCCCUUCGACGCCUCCGACUUCACCAUUUCCUGCACCAUCCUUGCCUCCGACGACAUCGCCUUCGCUACCACCAUUCUCUCCGGAGGGUCCAUCCGUGCCACCACCGUUGUCGGAGUCCCCACAAGCCCCGGUACCGGCUGCGACAUCGGCGAAUUCGAAGUCGGGUGCAAUUGA